GUGGUAAGAAAGAGCUGAGAGUAUUUUGAAAGUUGAUUUUCGGAAAUGUAUUAUUCAAAAGUGUAAACUUGACAAUGUGAUGCAGGAUGCUGUGCAGGUUCCUUCUCCAGAUGUGCUCUAAUGCCCGCAGGUUUUUUAUUACUUCUCAGCCCCAAAAUGUACAUUUUAACACUUAUUUAAAAAGCAUUUUUAAUCUUAAUUGUGUCUGCAGUAUUCGGUGAACUAGCAUAUUAUAAAGAAAAUAAAAAUUGAAAAAGAAAAUUAUUAUCAUAAAACUAUCAUUUGUGUCUUUAAUAUCCCAUGUGACCAGCAGAGGGCAGCAAACUUACAGCGAUUGAAAGUGAUUAGGAACAAAUUUCAAAGUCAUAGAUUGAUACUUUGAGAACAUUUAUUUUAAUAUUCGUUUUUGUUGUUGAUAAUUACAUAAAGAAAAAAAAAUAAAUAAAACGCUCUUUUAUGACUGCAUAAAAGCGCGUACGUGUUUAGAAGCUUCAAGCUGGGUGAGUUUAUUACUUUUAUCAUUUGUUUGGUUUUAUAGCCAGUCCCCGCCCUCCCAUGCUGUUGAUCACAUGACAGUAAAAAGGCCCGGUGGAUGUAUCGAACGCACUCCCUUCUCAGUGCUGCAGACUGAAAGCCGAUAAAUCCCGGUGACCGGAACUGGUUUAUUUACGUUUCACGCGUUGCGGGCGGGAUGACUUAAAAACCCGAGUGGACGGCGGCCAUCGGGAGCAGCCGCGGGCGGCGGGCAGUGGCAGGGAAAGUCCAGCCUUCUGUGCUUUUUGAGCGCUGGGUUAGCUACCCGGGCUAAGUAGCUGCACAUUCGUUUUAACGGUCCCAGAAAGGCGUCCUCGGAGGGCGCUGAAAACCGCCGCCCAGCAGGAGGGGCGGUGCCCGCCUCCCGGACUGACCCCGCAGGAUGGUUGUUCGAGCGCCACUGAAGAGAAAACAAGGCGGUAGGAUGCGGUAGGUGGUUAGCUUACGGCCUCGCGGCCAGCAGACACCCCCUCCUCUCUUGUUUCCUCCUUCCCGGCCUCCGUCAUCAGCAUGGAGCAGACCCUCAGCCCGCUGCCGCAGGUCCCGGAGGGCUCCUACAAGAUGACCGAGGAGGACGUGAAGAGGCUGAUCGAGUUGAGGGCGUCCAAUGAGACUUUGUUUACAGGGAAGAGGAACUCUGCCAAGAUAGCAUGGAGCACUAUCUUGAAAGGACUGGGACUGGAAGGGAAGCUGACUGCCGAGCAGAUCGCCAAGAAAUGGGACAACCUACGGACCAAAUACAAGGACCUGAAGCAACCUUAUCACGGGCAGGACCCCACUGGGGGUGUUAUGGAGUCGUGGCCCUGGUUCCACAUCAUGGAUGAAGCCAUGCAGGGUCGCCUCUACAACACCAGCCUGGUUCUGAGUCCGGAGAGCGCUGACAACAGCGUACAACGCAGCAACGGGCAGCCCAACCAAAACCAGGAGAACACAGACAUCCUGGAGUUUCUCAUCAAGACAGAGAUGGAAGACACGGUGGCGGCCGAAUCGGCAGAGAGUGAUGGGGUGGUGCAUUCUGAGGCCCCGCCCACUGAAGGUGUCCCUAUGGGGUGGAGGAGAAUGACGGAGUGCUCGUACAAAAUGACCGAACCGGAGACAGAGAGGAUGAUCAAACUUCGAGCAGCAAAUGAAGCGCUCUUUACCGGCAGGAAACACUCGGCCAAGCCCGCCUGGAGAGCUAUCCUGUUUGAGCUGGGUCUGCAGGGAAAGGUGACCACAGACCAGCUGGCCAAGAAAUGGGACAACCUAAAGAGGAGAUACAAGGAGCUAAAGUUCCCCUCUCGAGGCGUGGACACCAACCCAAACUCUUGGCCCUGGUUCUACCGCAUGAACGACGCCAUGGAGGGACGCUUCUCCGGCGCCGCGCCUAUCCUCACUCCCAUAGUGGAGGACGAAGACGAGGACUGCGAGCCGCUCUCCUCGACGCCGAAGAAACGAGCCCGCCGGAGCCGAGGGGGGAUGACGGAGUUCCUGACGGAGUCCGAGAUGGACCUGCUGGUCGAUAACGAGGACAAGAACGGAUCCACGGCUCUGGGAGAUUUUCACCGACUCACAGAGUUCUCUUAUAAACUGACGGAUGAGGACACACGGCGGCUGAUUGAACUCCGAGCCUCCAACGAGUCUCUGUUUACGGGGAGGAGGAACACCGCCAAGCCCGCCUGGAGGGGAAUCGUGAAGGAGAUGGGUCUGACGGGGAAGAUAACGCCUGACCAGGUCGCUAAGAAGUGGGACAACCUAAAGACCAAAUUCAAGGACUUGAAGUUUCCUCCUCGGGGGAUGGAGGCGCAGACCAACCCGGCCUCCUGGCCCUGGUUCCAGCUGAUGAGCGAUGCACUGGAGGGGCGCCUGGCGGGAAAAGCUCCCAAAGUAACGCCUGUGUGGACCAACGACGAAGACGGCGUGUUUGUCUCGUCUCCGCCCGCCGACAGGGAUUGCUCUGUGGCAGACAGGAGCAGCGUGUCAGAGCUGGACAGCAUGGUGGGCGGAGACAACGGCGAAGCUGACGGGAGCAUCACAUACAUCGACGCCAGCGGAGAGGAGUGUUCAAUGCCGUCGGAGCUUUCAUACAAAAUGAGCGACCAGGACACAAGGAGGAUGAUCAAACUCAGAGCCUCCAACGAGUCGCUGUUCACCGGGAGGAGGAACGCCGCCAAAGCAGCCUGGAAAGCCAUCCUGAGGGAGCUCGGCCUGCAGGGAAAAGUCUCCACCUACCAGAUGGCCAAGAAGUGGGACAACCUGAAGAGGAGAUACAAGGACCUUAAAUACCCCCCUGUUGGGAUGGAGAGUGUGGUGGACGGCGCCUCCUCCUGGCCGUGGUUUCACUUAAUGAAUGAAGCUAUGGAGGGCCGGCUGACGAACAGCGCCCCCCUCCUCACCCCCGUCACUCAGGACGAUGAGCAGGCCCCUGACCCCACCCCCAGACAGAGGCCCCGCCCUACCCCUCCUCUGCCUCCCUCUUCCUCCUCAGAUUUUGAACAGGAUGCGUUCGGGGGCAAUGUGCAGGCCAACCAGCAGAGCGCGGACCCGUGCGACGGGCCGCUGGGGGGGCUGGGCCGGGAGUGGGAGAUGGUGGAGCGGGAGCGUGCGGCGCUGGAGAGGGAGAGAGAGAUGGUGGAGCGAGAGAGAGCCACAGUGGAGAGAGAGAGGGCGGUGGUGCAGGCGGAGCGGCUGUGGCUGGAUCGGGAGCGGGCGGCGGUGGAGCGCGACCGCGCCAUGGUGGAGCAGGAGCGGCUAGCGCUCGGCCGGGAGAGGGACGUUCUGGACCAGAGGGCGCUGAUGAUGAACUCAGUGGGACACUCGGGUCACCUCAGCACCCUCAUGUAAAGCUGAGUCUCAUGGGGGCGUGCCCCGCCCCGAUCUGGAUAUCCUCUUCUCUCCUGCUCUUCUGCAGUACCUCAAUGUCCCCACUAGGGGAAAGAUGAGCACGUUGGGAAACUAGUCAUGGACGAAAACACGUUUCAGUGAUUGAACUGUGAUGAGGUUUCUGUGAAGGUAAAAUUCCAGGUCCCACCUUCACUCGCCAGAGGCAGAAUGACUGGAUUCAGUUCUGAAGCACAGAUGGAACAUGCCAACCUGACGGGCAGCGUUUGAGGAGCCUGGGGUUGAAACGGUUUCUGCAUUGGGUCCGUCAGACCCAAUGACUCGAGCUCAGUGGAGUUGGUGCUCUCAGGAAGAAGGAAGGAUUUCAGACUCUGAGGAACCGCUACAAUAUUUGGCUCCACCGUGUGGAGACAGGAAGUGGUUUUACUACAGACUCGAUGAGACUGAUGACGUUCUUCAGCAUUUUCUCUCAUCACUUCAUGUUGGAUCGUUGACGGAUAAUGUGAUGUAAAGAAAUAAUUGGUAAUGACAUAGAUAAUAUAUAGUUUAGGCCAUUUUAUAUAAAAAUCUAAACAUGUAUAAAAAUCUGAUCAUGGUUUCACAUUAAAUGUGUUUUUGUGGAGA